UGUCUCCGCAGCAGGGAGGCACUGGUGUGCAGUUAUCUCAAGAGCUGAAGGUUUACUCCAGGCCAGCUGCUCCCUUCCCACCGAGAAAUGUCUGACGUGUCACUUGCCUAGUAGAGGACCAGAACAGGAUGGUGUAGUGAGAAGACAAGAAGCUGGGAUCAUGGGCACCUCCAUGUUCACAUGUCUCUUCAUUAUUCUCCUCACUGGGGGCUCCCCAGCAGGAUGCACUGAUGGCCGAGUCUCAUCUCCUGACAUGGCUCGAAGCCAAAAAAACACUGUGAUAUUGAACAAUACAGUGGACAUCAAAGCCUUCAUCAGUGCUGUGGAGGUGGCAGUCGUUGGAUUCUUCCAGGACCUGGAGAGAGCCGAAGUGUCUGAGUUUUUCCAGGCGGCUGACCUGAUCCCCGAGGUGCCCUUCGGCCUCAGCACCAGCCCGUCGGCGUGGUCUCAGUACAACACCACGGCGGGCACCCUCGUGCUCUUCCGCAAGACAGAUGGUGACCGGAGGGAUCUGAAUAACACAGAUGGGGAAGAAAUCAAGGCUGAGACGAUAAUUCGUUUUGUUCGGAUGAACGAGCUCCGGCUGGUGACUGAGUACAACCCUACGACAGCAAUUGGUCUGAUGCAAAGUUCCGUCCAGCUGCACCUCCUUCUGAUCGCAGACAAGAGGUCCUCAGAACAUCCCGAGCACAUGCAUAGAUUUCGUGAGGCAGCAGAGCUCUUCCAAGGGAAGAUUCUCUUUAUCCUGGUAGACAGCAAUGUGAAGGGUAAUGAACAAGUGAUGUCAUUCUUCAAGCUGAAGAAGUCCCAGCUGCCAGCUCUGGCUAUAUUCCACACAGAAGAUGAGGAGCAAGAUGUGUUGCUUCUGGACGAAGUCUCUGUUGAGCGUGUGCAGGACUUCUGUAAUGUUUUCUUACAAAGAAAGCAGAAGAAAAAAGAUGAACCAGAUGAAUCAGAGAAGAAGACCAUCAAUGAGGAACUCUAAUUCCCUUCUCAGCCUAUAGGAUGAACCUGUCCAGAGUAAUUUGUUCUUGAUUGUUUGAAGAAUUCACUAAGCCAUACUGCUCAGGAAUUUCUGGGACAGGAGGAAUAAGGGGCCAACUCAGUCGUGACUUCUGUCUCCUUAUCAUAUACAUAUAUCCUCUUUAAGAGUUUUUCCUCCCUUCUCAUUUGCUGGCUCUAACUCUCUUUUCUCUGUAUUCCAAGAACACCAUUUUUUCCCUCUACCGCGUCCUUUCGCUGUCAGAGCAAAGGGUGAUACAGCAAAACGGAAGUUAUCAGAGACAGCCUGUGGUGCCCAGAGAAGCUGACUGGUCUUUUUCCCUAAUGCUGGCUCUUUCCUUUUCUUUUGCUGUUGGCACCAGGCUGCCAUCCCCUGUCAGUCUCU